GAAAGAGAAAGAGGGAAAACUUCAUCUUCAAAUAUUGUGUAUAUCAUUUAUAAGUAAUUGUAUUAUAUUAUCUAAAAAAUGGGGAAAGUUGAGCGGGAAAAGGAAGAAUAAAAGGAACAAGAGGACAGAAAGAAAACAGGAGAGCAAAGGGGUGGGAAAAGAAACGAUCAGAACGAUCGGAAUGUAAUCAUCACAUCGGGAAUUUGUCAUCUGACUUGACGUCAUAUCUCUGGUGACUCUGAUUUAGUGACUUCGAUCUGACGCAUUUCGAGAAUUUAAAAGAGUAUGUUUUGAGGAAGAGAAAAGAAAGAGAAGAUGCAACGAAUAAACUACGGGAGAGGACAAUGGAGAGUGCUUCGAUCUUCGUGGAUCGUGCAUCUCGUGUAUCUCUUGUUUCCAGGAUCGCUCACGUUUGGCUUGCAGCCAAAAACGGCGGGUAUCAUGAUGCAAGAUAUAGCAAUGAAUGUGGUGGAUCUAAUUGAGGCCACAGGUAUGCAAGGACCACUUUUCGGAGUAACAAAAACACAAAGUCGUUGUGAUGGCACGAUCGCAUACGACAUUACGGAAACCGCGAUAUUGAUGGUUCAUAUUAAUACGCUAUUUCCAUCUGGCAUUCCGCAGGAUUUUUCCAUUUUGGUCGUUGCAAAACCAAAAGCUAAUUACACGACGCCGAUACUCUUUACCAUCUAUGGCGAUAUUGGCGAAGCACAGCUGGUUCUUUCGUUGGGGCGUAAUGUCAGCCUCCUCUACAACACGAAUGGGGAGAAAAAGAACAACGUAAUUUUUUUCGAUGUCGAUAUAUCCGAUGGGGAAUGGCAUCGAUUAGGAAUUAGCAUCAAGGGCGACAGCAUUACGAUUAUUCUCGAUUGUGAUAGACAUAUCACGAGGAAGCUGGAAAGAAAUCGCGAGAAAACAAUCACCGGCAUCUUCAUGAUUGGGCAACAGCUUAAUGGUGGUUUAUAUCUGGGAAGUCUCGAGAUGCUGAAAAUCGCUCCAAAUCCAGACGCCGCUUAUGAGAUUUGCACGAUAUUUGCGCCAAAUUGUAAACAUCAAUUAAAAGACAGACUGAAUUAUAAUGCAUCAUCGAGGAAUGAUGAUGAUUAUGAAGAAGAGAACAAGAAAGAUGAGGAUAGAGAUAAUACAAUUAUUCCCACAUCUUAUGAAGCGGAAACGAUUACGAAUAUAUAUGAAUCAAAUAAUCAACAGUAUUACGGCGAGUCAACAAUUGAUCCUUAUAACGAAGAAUAUAUACGUACUCUUUCAACACAUCCUAAUAAAGUGUAUUACAAUGCUCGAGGUCCGCCAGGUCCUCGUGGGUUUCCAGGACCGCCAGGCAUGCCUGGAUCUCCAGGCAACAAAGGCGAACCCGGCAGAGAUGGAUUGGCUGGAUUACCAGGUGUAGUGGGUCCACCGGGUAAUGUUUUCGUAAUACCCUUGUUAAGUCAGGGAAACGAGAAGGGACCAGAUUCCCAAGUAGAACUGAUAAAGCAGAUAUUAUCGCAACACAUGCUUACAAUGAGAGGUAUAGAAGGUCCAGUGGGACUCACGGGCAUUCCAGGACCCGACGGACCGCCUGGACCUCAGGGUGAAAAAGGAGACACUGGUGAUGUUGGUGAACCCGGACCCAGAGGGGAGAGAGGACCUACCGGAAUUCCUGGUAGAGAAGGCAGGAGGGGUCAUCCUGGUAGAGACGGCGAGCGCGGUUUUACUGGCCCUCCGGGAAUGAAGGGCGAGCCAGGAUUGAUAGGCUUACCAGGCUUACCGGGUGAUAAGGGCGAACGGGGACCUUCAGGGAUACCUGGAGAACCGGGUUUACCAGGUCACGAAGGGAUGCAGGGCGAGGACGGUCCUCCCGGUCUACCCGGUGUACCUGGUGAACUGGGUCCGAGAGGAUUUAUUGGAUCAAGAGGUUUUCCUGGUCUACCAGGUAAUCCUGGUAUUCCUGGAAAUGAAGGUCCACCUGGUUCUAAAGGCAAUGCUGGAUCGCCCGGUCUACCUGGUGCACCAGGUCAACCAGGACCUGUAGGUGCUGUGGGACCAUCUGGACCUCAAGGUUUACCAGGACCGAUUGGUUUAGUCGGCCCACAAGGAAAGCCUGGAAUUCCUGGUCUUUCGGGUGCUGACGGACCCCCUGGUCUUCCGGGCAAUCCCGGAAUUCCUGGAAUGAAAGGCGAACAAGGUCCUUUAGGACCGCAAGGAACAGUAGGCUUUCCAGGUGUGCGGGGUGUGAAAGGUGAUCAAGGACAACGUGGUCCGUCGGGUGAACGCGGCGAGAAAGGUGAGAGGGGAUUAGAAGGUGAAAAGGGUGAUACUGGUGCGAAAGGAGAGCCUGGGGCAACGGGACCGCAGGGAAUUCCAGGUCUUGAAGGAUUGGAAGGUCCAAAAGGCUUUGAAGGACCUCGUGGUGAAACUGGUCUUGCUGGUCUGCCCGGAGAAAAGGGGAAAAUAGGUGUACCUGGAUAUGCUGGAUUUCCAGGAAAUGUUGGAGAAAAGGGAGAUAAAGGACAACUAGGACCACAAGGUUCUAACGGCGAUAAAGGAGAAAGAGGCACCAAUGGAAUGCAAGGGGAACGUGGUGAAACAGGGCCGAGGGGUUUCAGAGGAACACGUGGUAGAAGAGGCGAGGAAGGAUUGCCAGGCCCAAAGGGCGAUACUGGUCAACCAGGAUCUCCUGGUGUGCCAGGCGAGUUUGGCCCUCCUGGUCUUGAAGGUCCACGUGGUUUUGUGGGACCACCUGGCCCACCAGGCCUCGACGGAAAAGAUGGUGUACCGGGACCACCUGGCGAACGUGGUCCAAUAGGAGAAUCCGGGCUUGCAGGACCUUCAGGAACUCCUGGUAUUAUCGGUCCUCAAGGACCAGCUGGAGAACCUGGUCAACCGGGCGAACCUGGAGCACCUGGUAGUCCGGGGGUUCCGGGAGAAGUUGGUCCAUCAGGUGAACAAGGAAAAGAAGGACCGCCGGGUCCAUCUGGCUUGACAGGAAUUAAAGGUCCACCAGGUCCUAGCGGAUUACCAGGAUUUCCCGGCGAAAGAGGAUUGAACGGUCUGCCUGGAAUGCCUGGUUCGAAAGGAGAAAUGGGAUCUAUCGGAGCACCUGGUCACCCCGGCGAUAAAGGUGCUCAAGGUGAACCUGGUAAAGACGGCGUUCCAGGUUCAGAAGGAAAACAAGGGCCUAAAGGAAAGAGAGGACUCAUUGGACUUAAAGGCGAAAAGGGUGAUUCUGGGUUACCUGGACCUAUAGGUCGUGACGGUUUACCAGGUCAACGAGGCUUACCUGGUUCACCUGGACCAGUUGGGCUUCCGGGUGAAGACGGUGAUAAGGGAAACGUAGGUCCACCUGGUGAGAAAGGAUUCAAAGGAUCUCAGGGAGAAAUGGGACUUCAAGGUCCGCAAGGAAUACAAGGGCCACGUGGUGAACCUGGUUUAAUUGGUCCUCCUGGAGAGAAAGGACCGCCAGGUGAGGUUGGACAGCGAGGAUUAAAAGGUGAGAUUGGUCCAGUCGGAGCAACAGGAUCAGCUGGACCUAUAGGACCGCAAGGUUUACCAGGUCCACCAGGUGUAAAAGGCGAAGUUGGAGAUUUUGGGACGGUUGGUCCCAUGGGACCACCAGGUACUCCAGGAGAACGAGGUCUGAAAGGGCCGAAAGGUCUUAAAGGUGCAGAAGGAUCACCAGGUUUAGAAGGUCGUCAAGGUGAAAAAGGAGAUAGUGGGAUGGCAGGACCUCCUGGAAAACCAGGAGCAGAGGGUAAACAGGGAGAAAAAGGUCCUCCAGGAGCGAAAGGGGAAGAAGGCAAGGAUGGAUUAAUUGGAUCUCCUGGACCACGAGGAUUAAUUGGCUUCGAAGGACCAAAAGGUGAUAUUGGAUUACCUGGAUUUCCCGGUCCACCAGGAGAACCUGGUCUCAUUGGUGUAAAAGGUGAGCCUGGAAAGGAUGGCGAGGAUGGACCAGCAGGCGAUCCAGGUGCACCAGGUGAAGCUGGACCAUCUGGCAAGGAAGGAUUACCAGGUCUUCCUGGAAAACCAGGUCCGGAAGGUCCUGCAGGUCAGCAAGGUAAUACAGGUUUACCAGGAGAUAAAGGAGAUAUAGGCCCGUUUGGAGCGCCCGGACCGCAAGGACCUAUUGGACCCCAAGGACCAUCUGGUUUGCCCGGCUUUCCAGGAGAAAGAGGUUUGCCAGGAGCGGCCGGGGAAAACGGUCCUCCAGGAAUGUCGGGCGCCAUCGGUGCCCCUGGAAUGAUUGGACCAGUUGGUCCGAAUGGCCCAAAAGGUGACAAAGGUCGCAGAGGCAUUAAAGGACAUCGAGGAGAACCAGGACGCUCUGGUAUUAAAGGCGAUCAAGGAGAAACAGGAGAAAAAGGCGACCGCGGAUUGCCUGGACCAGAAGGUUUCAAAGGAAAUCUCGGACCUAUAGGUCCAAUCGGCUUCAAAGGGGAACAAGGACCUCCCGGUCUGUCAGGACCACCAGGAUGGCCCGGAGCCAAAGGAAACGCAGGAAAUGAUGGAGUGCCAGGUAUCCCAGGCUCACCAGGUCCGCCAGGCCCACCAGGACCGCCUAGUCCACCGAUGGAACCCUUCAGCUUCGAUGGAAUCACACCGCUGCAUCAAUCAGCUAGAAAAAAACGCGAUGCUCCAGAAGACGUAGAGGAAGAGGAAGAGUUGGAUGUGGAGUAUUUAGAAAUAUACAGAUCUAUUUCUAACAUACGACAAGAAUUGGAUCGAAGGUACAGACCAACUGGUACAAGAAAUAAUCCAGUAAGAACAUGCAAGGAUUUAUUUUACGGACAUCCCCAUUUCAAGGAUGGUUGGUAUUGGAUCGAUCCAAAUCUAGGCAUGCCUGACGAUGCUAUUUAUGUGUAUUGCAACAUCUCGAAUAUGGGCGAGACCUGCAUGUUUCCUGAUAUUCAUAGUAGUAGUAUGCCAAAUAUACCAUGGAAGAAAGAGAACAAUAAAGUUGACUGGUACUCGCGUUUACGCGGAGGAUUCAGAAUAACGUACGAGACGAUUGGAGUGGUACAAAUGAACGUUUUGCGUCUGCUCAGUCAAGAAGCCUAUCAAAACUUUACCUAUACGUGCGUUAAUAGCGUUGCCUGGUACAACAAUAAUAAUCCGACUCAUGGUUACAAUCUUUCGCUACGAUUACUCGGCGAAAACGAAGAGGAAUUCUCGUACAACGUGAUCAGGCCCCAUAUAAUUACGGAUGGCUGCAAGGAUCGGAAGGAUAAGGCCGAGACUGUGUUCUUAAUUCGCACCAGGAAGCCGCAGCAAUUGCCGUUGGUUGAUUUUUAUCCGAUCGACUAUGGAUCGCCAAGGCAGGCCUUUGGUUUCGCGAUCGGACCGGUGUGUUUCAAGUAAGCACAAUAACGAUCUGAUCGAUUCUUUUUCUUAUCUCUUUCGAUUGUGUAUAAAUAAGUAGAGAAAUAUGUACAUGCAAUAAAUAUUUUUAG